AUGCCCGAACUACAACCGCAGCAUGAGGACCCAUACCUCUCCGUUUCGUCCGAUCCUGAAGAGCUCGAUUUUCAAGCUGGUGCUAUUCGGUUAACUCCUGUUGGGGGCAGCCCGAAUUAUCCCAGUUCUUCCCCGAACGGCGAAUAUGAAACCAUGAGUGCGGGCCUCACCAUCCAAACGAACUACUGGACCCCGCAAGGAAAUGGUUAUCAGGAUCUCAGUACUAGCAACUCUCCGCAUCCCAGUGGAUUUUUGGCACCAUCGGAUAUUGAACUACGGGGAUCGAACUGGCAGGAUAAUGGGUCGACUUCAAGUUAUAAUGAAGUCGCAACACCCUCGGUCCAGGACCAGGUUUGGCCUUCGUCUAUCGAUACGACACAGUGGCUGAACCCAGAACAAUCAAUCCCAAGUCCUUCAUCUAUGCAAGAACAGUUUAUGCCACAGAACAAUGUGAACACUCUGUCUGCUGCACCCAGUUAUGGGAUAACUCAACUGUCCAUCUCAACAGCGCACGUGCCUGGAGACAAUUUUUCGUCGGCUUCGACUACUAGAGGAAGAAGUCCUGUGAAGAGUCCCAUUGGUAUUACGGUGUCAAGUGUGUCGCGCGGAGAUUCUCCGAUGGAAGGGGUUCACUGCAGACGUCCCUGCCGAUCGACAAUGCAUCUCUCGCCAGGCGAUCUGUCGAGUGACUCUGGAGAUGAUGGGCAUCUUGAUGAUGAUCACCGAUCUGUUUCGUCUCUAUCGGUCGCACGAACCAAUAAUGGAAGGUGGAUUCGUAGCCCCUCAGGUCAUGCUGGUCUUGGACCUUCCUCUCGUGGGGAUGAGUAUGUAUCAAGCCCCAACGAACUGAAGGGCCAGCGGGAGCGGGAGAUCAAGGAUCAAGAUAUCACCCUCUGGCGAGCUGAUGUCAAUGCUGCCAGUAGUGAAGCUGGCGAUGUUGAGGCGCCAAAGUAUCCUCGAGAAAGAAAGCACACGAGUAAUCGGAUGCGAGCAAAGAGCACUGGGGCUCGCCCUUACGAAGAGGAGGAUUAUUUCAGUCAGAAAAUGGGUGGUCGUCACCUCGCUCCUGGUCCUGGUCUCCUGGUUCAUGAAAGUGAAGAGGAAGAAGACGAAGAUGAAGACGAACAUGAGGAGGAGCAUGAGGAGGAAGAAGAAGAUUACCGUGAUGAUAACAGUGUGAAAUCCGGUAGCCUGAAGGUCGCAUCGCCCCCUGCCGAUCCUGCCGAUCCUGGCCGAUAUGAUCGCUCAACGCCUGAAGUCUAUUCAGCUCUCGAAUUGACUAGCCCUGCCCAAAAGUUCCGCCUCUGGCCUUGGCAAGAUCCCAUUAAAGAUCUAACGCCAAGAUCGGAGGCUAUGCAGCCAGGAAGUUCAAAUGCAGCCAUUAUUGCAUUUGAGAAACGUGCAAAGGAUGUCGAAACGGCGUCAUUGGCAGCUACCAUCGAUAACAACAGUAUCAUUCAUGUCAUGUCCAACUUAGAGAGGAUGAGUCUCUGCAGCGAAACAAAACCUAAAGAUACUUUUGGUACUCUUUGGAAGCGUUCCAUUCACCAGGCAUCAUCGAAACUUAAACGCCAGGCAUCAGAAUUCUCGAUGGCAAUUCCCGACACCAGCGCCUCGAGGACUAGCGUGGAGGCACCACUUCAGCGGAAGGAAAGCCAGUCACACCGCCACAGGUACAGUUUGUCAAAACACCACUCACGCUCACCGAGCCUGAGUAGUGCUUUGAUGUCUGUGACGGGACAAAUGGCAGCGAUUGGAGGCAACAACGCCGUCCAUGCGGUCUCGCCCAAUGCGGAUGUAGCUCACAAUGGUUAUCAAACGAAAACUCGUGGUCGAAGUAAAAGUGAUUUGCCAAGACCUGCUACGCCUGGGCUGAUUGAUCUUAUGACCAACCACGGUGGACCUCCAGUUGCCAACUUCCGUUCAUCUCCAAGAAAUUCGACAGAGACAGCUCAACCGCGACCCAGUAUAGCGAUAAAUGGUGAUUUGAAAUGCGCCAAGGUGGAGGAUGAGGAUGAUGACCAACUCAAUACUGCCGAUGCCAAGGGACUCGUCAUGGAUUUCCCCAUGAUGUCGCGUUUGCCAGUGCCUACAUUGGAAGGGUUCAAGGCGCAGAUUCUGCAAUUGAAUCCCAACCUCCAACCGGCUCUGAUUCAUCGUUUUGCGAAUGCGCAGGUCCGUCGGUAUAGGAAAUUGGUUGAGCUACAGCAAAGACAUGCACAGGCCAUUGCUAGUGGUGAAUGCCCGUCCGGUCACUUCUGUGUUUCUUUGGGUGGCAAGGCCACCAUGCUAGAGCAGCGCAAACCUUUGCUUUGCACAGAGGCUGGACAGACUCAGUUCAGAGUCACUGAUGGGAGCCGUCGUGAUAAACAAUCUAUGGGUGAUAGCCCUUUCCCCUCUGCUAAUUUUCCAGAGGGAGUUCCGAAUCCACCAGUUGCUCGCCUUCCAGCCAAGUUUGAAUGUCUCAUUUGCUUUGAUGUCAAGGAGUACAAGAAACCAUCCGACUGGUCCAAGCAUGUUCAGGAGGAUCUGCAACCUUUCACGUGCACCUUCCCUGAGUGUAAUGAGACCAAGAGCUUCAAGCGCAAAGCAGACUGGGUCCGACAUGAAAAUGAACUGCAUCGGCAUCUAGAGUGGUGGACCUGUACUUUUGACGAGUGUGGGCAUACCUGCUAUCGCAAGGAUAAUUUUAUGCAGCACUUGGUCCGUGAACAUAAGAUCCCGGAACCCAAAAUGAAGAAGGGCAGGGGAGGAGCAGCAGCAGCCACUUCAGAGGGGCAGCAGAGUGACAGACAACGGGCACGAGACUUGGAGUAUCUGUCCAAGCUCGUUGAUGACUGCAGACACGAGACGGAACGCGAGGCCGAGUCAGAACCCUGUCGAUUUUGCGGGAAUAUCCUGGGCAACUGGAAGAAGCUCACGGUACACUUGGGCAAACAUAUGGAGCAGAUGGCCAUACCUGUUCUGGAACUAGCUAAGAAGAGCACUGCCACUGCCACUGCGUCGUCUAGCUCGGUGCCCCUGACAGGGGCUUCUAGCGGGGCUGCAGAGACAUACUCCCCUCUUUCUGCACCGUUUCACCUCCACGACGAUCGAGAAGCUGCAGGGGCAUCGACGCUUCCCGUUCGUCAGAAUCCUAGCAAGGCUCAGGCCAACGGUACCCCUGUCAACGGAAUCCCUUACCAGGCGUCAAACCUUGACUACCCAUCUAUUUCGGGGGCCAUGCUCUCCUCCGAACCGGAAGCUAUGACUGAUUCAUAUGAUCGAGUCCAGUAUAAUCAGAACAAUAACCCUGGUUAUAAUGAUGGGAUGGUCCAGUUUCAGUCCACCGCGCUCCACCCCGAUCAGACCCACCUUCCGCAUCAUCAGAACUCAGUGACGUACCCACCACCCUUUAAUGCGGUCCACCGUCCCAUUUCAUCGUAUUCUCAGCUUCAUGAUCAGUACCCCGCUCAAGGAAGCUACCCGGGAUACCUUGUUCCUGGAGCCAAUGUUUACACACAAUUUACGAAAUAUGCUCCCAUGUGA